AUGGAAGUCAUCAAAGAAGCCUUUGCAAAAUGCAAGGCCAAAAACCGCGCUGCCUUGAUCACCUACGUGACAGCUGGCUAUCCCACUGUUGGCGAAACACCGGACAUCAUGAUUUCCAUGCAGGCCGGAGGUGCAGACAUCAUCGAACUUGGGAUUUCCUUCGCCGGCCACCCCAUGACUGAAACCCCAAUCAUCCAGCAGGCCAAUGCCAAGGCUCUCGAGAACGGCGUGCAACUUUCAUACAUCCUACAGAUGGUCAAGUCAGCCCGUAAACGAGGUCUGGCUAUCCCCGUUCUGCUGGUGGGGUACUACAACCCCGUGCGUGAAUACCCGUACGGAGAGGAUAAGCUACUUCGAGACUGCAAGGCUGCUGGUGUAGACGGGCUCAUCAUUGUCGACCUUUCUCCCGAAGACGCGGUGCGGUCCGGUGACCUGUGCAAAUCCAAAGGGUCUACUAUCGUAUAUCCCCUCGUUGAUCCUUCUACCCGGAAUGCUCAUAUGGAGAUGCUUUGCAAUAUCGCUAACUCAUUUGUUUGUAUUGUAUCUAGUAUGGGAGUUAGCGGAACUCAUGAGAAGCCGUAUGGGAGUACGGGGGAUCUGGUCCAUCAUGUGCAUGAUUGCACUGGGAACUCAAUCCCAGUAGCUGUCGGAUGCGGUCUCAACACCCGACAAGAUUUUAUUGAUAUUUCUCGUGUCGCUGAAGGAGUCGUCAUCGGCUGCCCAAUCGUCCACGUACAGGGAAAUGCAGCUCCUGGAACUGGUGCUCAGACGGUCAAGGAGUAUUGUCUUCGAGUUGCUGGACGCACUGAGAAUCAAAUUGUCAUACCAGAAAGAAAGCAAGCUAACCAACCCAUGUCUUCCACUACGGUCUAUCUUUGCUAUGAUGGCGCAGGUGAUACACCCGAAGACACCGACAUAGUCACCAAUCUCAGAGACACAUACACUAGCUUGAGAAACUUCGGCGGUCAAUACAUCCCAGGAUCCCUCACGGAAGGCCUCACAGAGCUAGAAAAUGGCUUCAACACAGCAAAUGCAGACCCAGCCUUCUGGGCCGAAAUCAACUCCUACGCAGCAUACGCCAACCGACCCUCUCCCCUCCACCUAGCUUCACGCCUAUCAGUAUACGCAGGCGGAGCAAACAUCUGGCUGAAACGCGAAGACCUUAACCACACAGGUAGUCACAAGAUCAACAACGCGCUAGGCCAAAUCCUUCUCGCACGACGACUCGGCAAAACCUCCAUAAUCGCCGAAACAGGCGUUGGCCAACACGGCAUCGCGACAGCAACUCUAUGCGCACAAUUCGGCAUGAAAUGCACCGUUUUUAUGGGAUCCGAGGACUUUGAACGCGAGACUUUGGCUGUUAUGCACAUGCGCAUCCUCGGCGCCGUGAUUAUCCCCGUUGAUGCCACAUACGACGGCGGAAAGGGUACCAUCCGCGACGCAGUCAAUGAGGCCUUCCGUGUCUGGAGGGAGGAGCUGCAGACCACGCAUUUUGUUAUCGGCUCGACAUUUGGUCCGCAUCCGUAUCCGACUAUCGUGCGCACGUUCCAGACUAUCAUUGGCACCGAGACUCGAGCUCAGUUCACUGCGAUAAAUGGUGGUAGACUGCCUGAUGCGGUUGUUGCUUGUGUUGGUGGUGGAUCGAAUGCUGCUGGUCUGUUCUACCCCUUCCUUGAUGAUUCAUCUGUUGCUCUUAUUGGCGUUGAGGGGGGUCGUGGGUGCAUGGCGGGUCCGAGUGAGGAGUCCAUUGGUAUCGUGCACGGGUUGCCCACUUUUUUACCUUGGCACGAGGAUGGAGAGAAUGGCAAAACACAUUUUGUCUCUGCUGGGCUUGACUAUCCUGGUAUUGGACCUGAGUUGGCGAGUUGGAGGGAGUCUGGUCGGAUUGUCAUUUCUCCGACAACUGAUGCGGAGGUCCUGAGGGGAUUUUCGUUGCUCAGUCAGCGUGAGGGAGUAAUGCCUGCGCUUGAGAGUUCUCAUGCUGUUGCUGGGGCUGUGCGUGCUGCGAAGGAGUUGGGGCCUGGGCACAAUGUUGUUGUUUGCCUUAGCGGACGGGGGGACAAGGAUGUGGAAACUGUGGCUCAUAUUUUGUCUGCUAUCAGGGUUGAUGAUGCCUAA